AUGCAGGUAAGGGCCCAGCGACUGAACCCGGCAGUGCGGUGCCAGUGCGCGCGGAGCCUCCUGCCCCCCAGCCCUUCUCCACUGCCUCAGUUUCCAUACCCGUUUUAUCAGAACUUUUUCCUGGCUGGAAUCUCACUUUCCAACACAUUCCCAAACCUCACCCUCCAUCCCUCCCUCACCGGCCCUCUCUGCUCCUCACCCACCUCCAGUCCCGCUGUGUUAUAUACUGCUCCUCCUUACCUCCUCCUCCCCCCUCCAUCAAUCACUUGUGACAUCCGUCUGUGGAAGUUCUUGCACAAACCAGACCCUCACAGCCGGCAAACGCAACCGCAGAAGCCCCCGCCCCUUAGCAGUCUCUCUGCGUUUGCCAUAUUUCCCCAGCAGCCCCGGAACCGCCCCAGAGCUGGGCCCCCUCCUCCCGCCUCCAAGGCCGUUCUCCACGUCCUCUCUCCAAGAUCAAGAUUCAGAUCACCCAAGGGGGCAGCAGCAGACUGGGAGCCAGCCAGAAAUGGCCCAGAGAACUAGCCCAAAAGUUGUUAAAUCCUCCUCUGCAGGCUUCUGGAGUUCGCUUUGCAGCUCCAGAUCCCUAGUCUCUGGCAGGUUCCCCUCCUCAGACACCGAGAGAUGAAGGAGGGAGAAUUGGCCAGUUCUUCUGUGAGCCCGGAGGCAGCCACACCACCCGCAAGCACCCAGGCCAGAUGUGAAGCUAGAAUGGACUUGCUGGGGGAAGGGGGGAUCUGCAAGCUUCCAGGAAGACUCCGCAUCCAGCCGGCACUCUGGAGCAGGGAGGACGUUCUGCACUGGCUGCGCUGGGCCGAGCAGGAGUACUCUCUGCAGCGCACGGGGGAGCACGGCUUCGAGAUGAACGGCCGAGCCCUCUGCAUCCUCACCAAGGAUGACUUCCGGCUUCGUGCGCCUGGUUCAGGUGACGUCCUGUAUGAGCUGCUUCAGUACAUCAAGACCCAGCGGCAAGCCCUGGCAUGUGGGCCCUUGUUUGGAGGAGCCUUCAGGCAGAAGAUGCCCACUCGGUACUGCCCCUGCCUCCCGGAAGAGGGGACUGAGCCACCUCACCUGGCCCCCCGAACAGGUCGCCUGCAGCAGCCACCGCAUCUGGGGUUUGCCAGCUCCUUGAGCCACCUGGCCAGGUGGCCCCUUGGUGGAGAGGAGUCCCUCAGUGUAUCUCACCAUUCGGAGCUCGGCUGCAGGGCUGAGGGAGACUGCUCCUCCCCCACGAUGCCGGAGUCUCCCAUCGAUGGCAGGAUCGCUGAUUGCCGGCUGCUGUGGGAUUAUGUGUACCAGCUGCUCUCUGACACCAGGUACGAGCCCUACAUCAGGUGGGAAGACAAGAACGCCCAGAUCUUCAGAGUUGUGGAUCCAAACGGGCUUGCCAGACUCUGGGGAAACCACAAGAACCGGGUGAACAUGACCUACGAGAAGAUGUCACGUGCCCUGCGCCACUACUAUAAGCUGAACAUCAUUAAGAAAGAACCUGGGCAGAAGCUGCUGUUCAGAUUUCUGAAGACGCCCAGGAAGGUCGUCAAGGGCAAGGAGCAACGAGAGAGCCCGGAGCAGGGCAGGAUGGAUUUCCAGGAGGAGAUGCUGGAAGUCUCUCCAUGAGGGGCAGGUGGAUUCUGGGCACCAACGGAGUCUCCCGGGAAGGCAGCUAGCUGCAU